AUGGAGAGGAAGUCCAAAUCGCGUCCAAGAGCUAAUCCGGAAAAAUGUCCACCUUCAAAGUCCGUUGUUGUAAAAAGUACCGACAUGAGUGAGGAAAUGCAACAGGAAGCGAUUGCUGCUGCUCAAACGGGGAUUCAACAAUACCAGCUGGAAAAGGACAUCGCUUCUUACAUCAAAUUGGAAUUCGACAAGCGGUACAGCCCUUCUUGGCACUGCGUAGUUGGGCGAAACUUCGGAUCCUAUGUAACCCAUGAAACAAAUCGUUUUAUUUACUUUUAUGUUCAACACGUCGCAGUAAUGCUCUUUAAGACUGGCUUUUGA